ACGGGCGCGGUUUGGGUUCUCUGUUCCGGCGGUGUGUGUGUGUGCGGGCCGGGUUCCCGCAUUGUGCGUUCGGGUGGUUGAUUGUGACUGUGCAGGGUCGAUUAGGUUUAAGAGGACUCAUAGGCGUGUAAUUUUCAAUCUUCAUCAUGUCAGGUUCGCUGGCAUUUGAUGAGUAUGGGCGACCAUUUAUCAUUGUCAAGGACCAAGAGAAUCAGAAGCGACUUACCGGCACUGAUGCGAUCAAGUCACACAUUCUGGCCGCCCGCACCAUCGCAAAUACGCUGCGGACCUCGCUCGGUCCCAAGGGCCUGGACAAGCUGAUGGUGUCGCCUGACAGCGACGUCACCAUCACCAACGACGGCGCCACCAUCCUGAAGAUGAUGGACGUGGACCAUGAGAUCGCCAAGCUGAUGGUGCAGUUGAGCCAGAGCCAGGACGACGAGAUCGGGGACGGCACCACCGGCGUGGUCGUGCUGGCGGGCGCGCUGCUGGAGCAGGCCGAGGUGCUGCUGGACAAGGGCAUCCACCCGAUCCGCGUGGCCGACGGCUUCGAGAUGGCGGCCCAGUUCGCCAGCCGGCACCUGGACACGAUUGCCGACAGCUUCCCGGUCGACGUGGCCAACACCGAGCCUCUCGUCAAGGUCGCUAUGACUACGCUCGGCUCCAAGAUCGUGAACCGGUGUCACCGCCAGAUGGCGCAGAUCGCCGUGGACGCCGUCCUCAGCGUGGCCGACCUCAAGGCCAAGGACGUCAACUUCGAGCUCAUCAAGGUGGAGGGCAAGGAGGGCGGCAAGUUGGAGGAUACCAUGCUGGUCAAGGGCGUGGUCGUCGACAAGGACUUCUCCCAUCCUCAGAUGCCCAAGGAGCUUAGGAAUGUGAAACUGGCCAUCCUCACCUGCCCAUUCGAGCCGCCCAAGCCCAAGACGAAGCAUAAGCUCGACGUCUCCUCGGUCGAUGACUACAAACAGCUCAGGAAGUACGAACAAGAGAAGUUCGACGAAAUGGUCAAGCAGGUGAAGGACGCCGGCGCGACGCUCGCCAUCUGCCAGUGGGGCUUCGACGACGAGGCGAACCACCUGCUGCUGCAGCGCCAGCUGCCGGCCGUGCGCUGGGUGGGCGGGCCCGAGAUCGAGCUGAUCGCCAUCGCCACGGGCGGCCGCAUCGUGCCGCGCUUCCAGGAGCUGUCGGCCGACAAGCUCGGCUCGGCCGGCCUCGUGCGCGAGCUCAGCUUCGGCACCACGCGCGACCACAUGCUGGUCAUCGAGGAGUGCUCCAACAGCAAGGCCGUCACUAUCUUCAUCCGCGGCGGCAACAAGAUGGUGAUCGAGGAGGCCAAGCGCUCCAUCCACGACGCGCUGUGCGUGGUGCGCAACCUGGUGCGAGACGACCGUAUCGUGUACGGCGGCGGCGCGGCAGAGAUCUCGUGCGCGCUGGCCGUGUCGCACCAGGCCGACCAGAUCUCAUCGCUGGAGCAGUACGCGUUCCGAGGGUUCGCCGACGCUCUGGAGGCGAUCCCGAUGGCGCUGUCCGAGAACUCGGGCCUGUCGCCCAUCCACACGCUCACCGAGGUCAAGACGCGCCAGCUCAAGGAGAAAAACCCAGCGCUGGGCAUCGACUGUCUCGACAAGGGCACCUGCGAUAUGAAGGAGCAGAGCGUAAUCGAGACGCUGCACAGCAAGAAGCAGCAGAUCAUGCUGGCCACGCAGCUGGUCAAGAUGAUACUCAAGAUCGACGAUGUACGCACGCCGGCCGAGACCAUGUGAAGGGCUGGGGUCGUGCGGCUCGCGGGCUCCCUUGACUGCCGGCCCACCGCUCCGGGCCACCUCCGCCCAGAUGCUGUGUGAUGUUUCCACGCGUUCCAUUAACACUUCGGUGAAUAACAAUCGAAGGUAGCUGAAUAAAUUUAUUCACAGUC